AUGAGUGCUAUUCCAGACUUCGGUGGUUCUUUACCGAAAAAAUACAAGUCAGCUGCUAUGGGUGAUAUACCAGCGCUUGAUAUUAAAAAAUUGUUCAGAAUGAUUGUCCUUGGUCCAUCGUUCAGUGGGAAGAACAACCUUUGUUUGUUUAUUCUAAAGCAUUCUCCUCACGUAUUUGCUCAUCUAACGAUCAUUGCUCGUAAUCCUCACCAGGAGUUAUAUGAGUAUCUACGCGAUAAGCUUGAUGGCUUUAUCACAUUCGCCGACCCUGAGUCGCCCCCGAGUCUCGUCAUCAUCGACGACUACAGCAAUGAUAAGCUACUUCAGAAGAAUUUGUUCUCACAUUACUUCACUAGAGGAAGCCACUUCAAGCUAUCAACCAUCUUCUUGAGCCACAGCUACUUCGCAACGGACAAGAUGAUCAGAUUGAACUCAGAGUACGUAGCAAUCCUGAAAGCUAAUUCUAAGCGAGACCUCCAGAUGGUUGUGAAAGAUUUUAAUAUCAAGGGAGUUGAUGAUCGAUCAAUCGUCUAUUACUACAACAAAGCCACAGAGCGCAAAGGUCAGAUGUUGUUCAUAGAUUCAGUUAAGGGUCAAAUCAGGUACAAUUUCGAUGGACCAAUCACGAUCGAUAACUAA